AUGAGAUUUUUCAUGCAAUAUCAUCAUAUCAAUGAGGAAGAUGCUUCUGGUCUUAUACACGAGCAAUUUCCUUCAUGGCUAAAGGAAUAUGUGAAUGAUGAGAGAAAUGGAACACCUUGCCCAUACGUGAAGGCAUUAGUUCUCAGUCUCGAUCCUAAGGCAACAUCAUGGCACAUCUACUUUGUUAAUGGAAACGAAGGACAUUUUUGGCUUGUUAUCCACUUACUACAAGUGAUACUUGGACUUUCUAACACUGCCUAUAGCUUUCAUUGGCUUUUGUAUUCCUCAGGGAUUCCAACUGAUUGCACUUCUCUAGGAAUUUCCAUAACCUUCCCCACACAUUUUUAG